AUGACGUCCGUCGGGACGGAUCCCAUAGACUGGCACGAGGUGGAGUCUGCGAAAUCUCCCGGGAGGGCCGCAGCGAAUGGCGUCAUCGCUACGCGCAUCGACGCGCUUGGAGACCGCAGAGGGGACUCGUUGGCAGCCCGAGAACGCGAUUCUCAGGAAGAAACUGUCAGGAUGAUGGUGGCGGACCGCGUGGUGGUGGCCGGAGUGUUGUCCGCUCUGGCGUUCGUGCUCAGCGUGCGCAUGCUGAAGGUGGCGCGCUACACCGACGUGGUGACCAUGGAGGGCACCCUGGUGGGCCUGCUCGUGCGCAGCAGUCAGGGUGUCCCCGUCAGGCGCUUCCUGGGCGUGCCGUACGCCCAGAGCACCGCCGGCAUCCAUCGGUUCGGUAUGCCCAUACCGCUGUACAAGUUUCCGGGCCUGCGUUACGAGGCCCUGGAACACGGUCCCCCGUGCACCCAGUGGCUUAACGACAGCGUGGUCGGCUCCGAAAACUGCCUCAGCCUGGCCAUCUGGGCGCCCACCGUAACCGAGUCGACGGCGCCGAAGAAGCCCGUCGUCGUCGUACUGACAGGCGAGUGGUUUGAAACCGGCUCCAACAGCGACCACGACUGGACCGAGCUGGCGGCGCUGGCCGACUCCGUGGUCGUGUCCGUGAACCACCGGCUCGGUGUGAUGGGCUUCUUCAAGCCGGACACGUCGGACGCCGCGCACGACGUGGCCUUCGAGGACGUGCAGGUCGCCGUCGACUGGACGCGCCGCAACGCCGCAGCCCUGGAUGGAGACCCCGACGCCCUGAUGGCCCUGGGCCGCGGUUCGGGCGCCUUCAUGCUCGCCGUGACGAUGAUCUCUCGCGAGUACUACCUGGACUUCAGGCGGAUGCUCCUACAGGUCUCCGGCGCGCCUUUGCUUUGUUUCGCCUAA